AUGUUGCUGGAUAUUUGCUUGGGAAAGCGCGUGGGGACGACCUGGGCUGCCCCGAAGUGUGACUCCGGCAGCAGCGCUGUGAGGUUUCCCGGGCUGGCAGAGGGGCCGGAGGGGACCAUGAAAAUGGACAUGGAGGACGCGGACAUGACUCUGUGGACGGAGGCCGAGUUCGAAGAGAAGUGUACCUACAUCGUGAACGACCACCCCUGGGACUCGGGAGCCGACGGAGGGACCUCGGUUCAGGCGGAGGCAUCCUUGCCAAGGAACCUGCUUUUCAAAUACGCCACCAACAGCAAAGAGGUUAUGGGAGUCGUGAGUAAAGAAUAUAUACCAAAGGGAACACGAUUUGGACCUCUAAUAGGUGAAGUCUACACCAGUGAUACUGUUCCCAAGAAUGCCAACAGGAAAUAUUUUUGGAGGAUCUACUCCAGAGGGGAGCUUCACCACUUCAUCGAUGGCUUUAAAGAGGAGAAGAGCAACUGGAUGCGCUACGUGAAUCCGGCGCACUCCGCCCGGGAGCAGAACCUGGCUGCCUGCCAGAACGGGAUGAACAUCUACUUCUACACUAUUAAGCCCAUUCCUGCCAACCAGGAGCUGCUUGUGUGGUAUUGCCGGGACUUUGCAGAGAGGCUGCACUACCCUUAUCCUGGAGAGCUGACAGUGAUGAAUCUCACACAAGCCCAGAGCCACCCGAAGCAGCAGAGCACCGAGGGGAACGACCUUUGCCCAAAGAACCCCCCGAAGAGAGAGCACAGCGUGAAAGAAAUCCUGAAGUUGGACUCCCACCCCUCCAAGGGGAAGGACGCGUGCUGUUCGAACAUUUCACCCCUCGCUCCCGAAAGGGACGCGGACGACUUCAGGAAGAACGGGAGCCCCGAAAUGCCCUUCUACCCCCGGGUGGUGUACCCGAUCCGGGCCCCUCUCCCGGAAGACUUUCUGAAAGCUUCCCUGGCCUACGGGAUGGAGAGGCCAACCUACAUCCCUCACUCCCCCAUCCCGUCCUCCACGACGCCCAGCCCCUCCGCCAGGAGCAGCCCGGACCAAAGCCUCAAGAGCUCCAGCCCGCACAGCAGCCCGGGGAACACCGUGUCGCCGCUGGCCCCCGGGCCCCAAGACCACCGGGACUCCUACUCCUACUUGAACCCGCCCUACGGCCCCGAAGGACUGGGCGCCUACCCUGGAUACGCGCCCCCCCACCACCUCCCGCCACCCUUCAUCCCCUCCUACAACGCCCACUACCCCCCCAAGUUCCUCCUGCCCCCCUACGGCAUGAAUUGUAACGGCCUGGGCGGCAUCAAUAGCAUCAGCAACUUCGGCCUCUUCCCCAGGCUGUACCCCGUCUACGGUAACCUCCUGGGCGGGGGCAGCCUGCCUCACCACCCCAUGCUCAACCCGGCCUCGCUGCCCAGCUCGCUGCCCUCGGAAGGAGCUCGGCGGCUGCUGCAGCCGGAGCAUCCCAGAGAGGUGCUGGUCCCCACGCCCCGCAGUGCCUUCUCCCUCACCGGGGCCGCCAGCAUGAAGGACAAGGUGUGCAGCCCCACCAGCGGGUCGCCCACGGCGGGCACAGCCGCCACGGCGGAGCACGUGGUGCAGCCCAAAGCUACCUCAGCGGCGAUGGCGGCGGCCCCCAGCAGCGAGGAGGCCAUGAAUCUCAUAAAAAACAAAAGGAACAUGACUGGCUACAAGACACUCCCCUACCCCCUCAAGAAGCAGAAUGGCAAGAUCAAGUACGAAUGCAAUGUUUGCUCCAAGACUUUCAGCCAGCUCUCAAACCUGAAGGUCCACCUCCGAGUGCACAGUGGAGAACGGCCUUUCAAAUGUCAGACUUGCAACAAAGGCUUCACACAGCUGGCCCACCUGCAGAAACACUACCUGGUCCACACGGGAGAAAAGCCACACGAAUGCCAGGUUUGCCACAAGCGGUUCAGCAGCACCAGCAAUCUCAAGACCCACCUGCGACUCCACUCUGGAGAGAAGCCUUACCAGUGCAAGGUGUGCCCCGCCAAGUUCACCCAGUUCGUGCACCUGAAACUCCACAAGCGCCUACACACCCGGGAGCGGCCCCACAAGUGCGCCCAUUGCCACAAGAGCUACAUCCACCUCUGCAGCCUCAAGGUCCACCUGAAGGGGAACUGCCCUCUGGCCCCGACCACGGGGCUGCCUCUGGAGGACCUGACUCGGAUCAACGAGGAAAUCGAGAAGUUUGACAUCAGCGACAAUGCCGACCGGCUCGAGGACAUGGAGGACAACAUCGACGUGACCUCCUCUGUGGUGGAGAAGGAAAUCCUGGCCGUGGUCAGGAAAGAGAGGGAGGAAACCGGCCUGAAAGUGUCCUUGCAAAGAAACCUGGGGAAUGGACUCCUUUCAGGGUGUAACCUCUAUGAGUCAUCAGACCUGUCCCUCAUGAAGUUGCCUCCCAGCAACCCACUACCUCUGGGACCUGUCAAGGUCAAGCAAGAAACAGUCGAACCAGUGGAUCCUUAA